AUGGCUCGAGGAGCCAAAUUCAGCUUUGCAUACAACAGCAUUGUCCUAGACCACCGAGCCAUCCAGACUCGUCGAGCCAUGAGUCGAGUUAAAGCAAACUAUCACCUCUUCCUGCGAAAUCAGCCACGAGUCCCACAAUUCAGGAUCCAAGAUCUGGGGCCCAAGAGAAAGUGGCAGGUACCAAAGAUGAGGCACAUUGAAGAAUAA